AGACCUCUCCCGGCAACAGAGAACGCAAUGAAAGAGGUCUGAGGGCUGAGAUAAUCCAAAGCCCUUUCUGGAUGCUCAACGACCGAACGGUCGUUCCUGCGGCGCUUCCCGUUUCUGCGUGACACCAGCCUCACCUGGUACAAUUGGCGAGAAUGGGGCUUGCUGUCCAGCCAGAAAUAAUGGAUGACCUCACAUGCUGUCGCGAUCCCCAGAAUGGAAACCGGCCUCUGUUGAGGAGACAUUGUUGGAAGGCACGAUGCACGGCACAGACACACCUGUUUCUGCCAGGCACGGCCUCGACACUUCAGCCAUGGCGCUGCAGCCCAACUUUGCAGCCAUUGCCGCUACACUUGAGGAGCUGGCGCAGCAGUAUCGGCUGUUUGCCAAUCUGCAGGCGGCGGACCUAGGUGUUCGUUUGACGCAGGUUCCGGAUGCCCUCAACAACCAGAUUACGACACUCCAACAAAACGUGAUAGCACUACGGGUAAAUAUGCAGCGCAUCGAACACAUGUUGAAGACGAGGGAUUUCAACGCAACCGCAUGCAUCAUCAACUCCACGGUAACCCGACAAGACCACCCGCUCCUACCUCUUCGGGACAUCCGGACGGGACAAGAGAUUCCACACUUUUCGGCUACUGUCUCGGCCAUUGCGGGCAUGCAGGGUGAUACGCUUGACCCAAUCUUGGAGGCACUGGGUUUGCCAACUACAGGCACGGUGGCAGAGAAACGGAGGCGGUUGAUGUCGGCGAUCGGCGUUGGGACGCACUGUGGGGCGGCGGGCCGACAGGCGAAGGAGCCUUGAGAGCGAAGCUCUGCCAGUACGGGCUAGUACUCAUUGGCUUGGACGGGGUGAAGCGCACGUGGCUGCGAGAAGCGUGUAUAGUUAAGUGUAUAGUAAAGUCACGGCGAGUGUCAGCUCAGCGGGACAGGUUGGAAGAAUAGGGCACUGUGUCGAUGCUCGGACCCCAAGUCGGAAAACCGAGUUGAAGAUUCUCGGUCCCUGAAGCAGCGAGAUACCCACCACCCCAGGCAACAGUAUUGAGC